UGCUAUUCGGGCGACAUCAUCAGCAUCAUCAGCAUCCUCCUCCUCCUCCUCCUCAUCCUCAUCCUCAUCCACAGAGCGCGAUGUGAGGCUGAGUCGCGCCGCACACGAGCGACUACAGGCGGCGUGCUUGUGCUUGGCUCUACGGUCGCUUCCAUUCUGCCACUCCGGAGAGCGAAGAGGAGAAAGAGGAGGAGGAGGAAAGAGCGCCUUUUCUCGCGCCUACGUGCCCGCUUGGCGCACGCCGCACCCGGCCAUGGCCCUGACAGCGGAUCGGUCCGCGACAUCAGAGCGUUGAGGACAUGCAGUCUCUGUUCGGCGGCGGCGAGCUGGGCCUGCUGGGCGGGGCCGGCAACAGCGGCGGCGCCGGCCUGAAGGAAGACGGCUGCGGCGGUGUGGGAUGGCGCUCGCCACCCCUCAGCUCCGACAACGUCUACUCACCCUCACACUUUGCCCUGAUCGCCGCCUACCAGGACAUCAAGAGCCGGCUCGGCGGCCUAGAGCGCGAGAACAGCAGCAUCAAGAGGAAGCUGAAGCUCUACGAGAUUAAGUUCCCUAUGAUCAGCGAGUUUGCCGAAGACGCCAAUUCGUACUGCUCCUUUGAGAGCAAAGAGACGGCGUUGCUGCACUCGGAGAACGACAAUCUGCAGCAGAGGGUCAACAUCCUCACGCAUGAGUUGCAGAAGAGGAAGGAGCGCGAGGAGCAGCUGGAGGAUGUGAUUCAAGCCUAUGAGAAGAUCCACAUGGAGAAGAGCAACCUCCAGAGGGACCUGGACAAGAUGACGGGUUUGGUGGAGAAGCACGUGGAGCGCAUCCUGGGCCUGGAGGCGGUGCUCCGGCAACGAGACAAUUCUGUGCAUAAGCUCAACUUGCAGCUGCACAGCAAAGACAUGCAGUACCUGCAGCUGCAUGCAGGGCCCGACGCGCACAUGCUGGACUGCCCAGCCAUGACGCUGCAGAGCUCGCGCAGCCUGGACACGCUGUCCGACCUGAAGGUGCAGCGGCUGGAGGCCGAGCUGGAGGGGGCGCGGCACGAGGUGCAGGGGGCGUGCCAGCGAGAGGAGGAGCUCAAGGCGCAGUGUCAGCGCCUCAAGGAGGACGUGAGGCAGCUUCAGGGCGGCCAACGGGACAGGGAGAUGUCGUCGCCGUGCAAGCAGUGCGACGUGGAGUGGAUCAAGAAGGUGGGAGAUGAGCAGGUCAACCUGGCGCUGGCCUACACGGAGCUGACGGAGGAGCUGAGCCGCCUGCGAGCGCUGAGCUCCAAGCAGAUGGAGAUCCUGAGGAAAGCCUCGCAAGAGCAACACAGUCCGGUCCAGCUGCACUCUCCCAUCCACCACCAGCGCCACUCGCCCGGAUCGCAGCGCCACUCGCCCAUCUCUCAGCGCCACUCGCCGGUGGCGCCGCAGCCGCCCGCGCACCACUCGCCCAUCCAGCAGCGGCGCUCGCCCGUGCUACAGCGCCUCUCGCCCGACACGCACCGCCGCUCGCCUCUGCUAGACGUGGGCGAGGCGGGCCCGGCCUCGUACUCGUGCCGCCCGGCCAGCCAGCACCUCCGCGCCAGCUUCCAGGGCCGCCGCAGCUACUCGGAAGUGACCGACCCAUCGGCCUACCAGUGCCCGCCGCGCUUCUCCCUGGACCCCGUGUCCACGCUGCCUAAGCCCCGCCCCUUCAUGGAGGCCUACUCCAAGCAGACGUCCCAGCACUCGCAGCACAGAGGGGCGCCGUCGCCCCACCAGGGUGGCGGCGGAGGAGACCACCCCAGGGAGAUGCCCUUUCCCCUGCGCUUUGAGCCGCCGCCACCGCCCUCCGCGCAGGCCGCGCCGCCGCCCCCACCACCGCAGUCCUCCGAAGAUGAGGAGGAGUGGACCUGCCCGCAUCCCAUCAGCCCGCCCAGGACGCUGGGCGUGCUCCCCGCUGCCGUGCCCGGAGGCCCUAUGAGGGGUUCGGCGCCCUGCUCGGCCUUCCCUGCCCCUCGGUGCCCCAACGCCCCGGGCUGCCACCCCCAGCCCGGCUACAUAUCGGCCGAGCACGCUCAGUCGUGGCCCUCCAUCAAUCUCUGGAUGGAGACGGAGGAGAGCGAGGUGCGGAGCUGCCCGCUGUGCCAGCUGAUGUUCCCCGUCGGUUACCCUGACGACGCCCUCAUCAAGCACAUUGACUCCCACCUAGAGAACAGCAAGAUCUGAUCGCCAUGGCGACCGGAGGACCAAUGUGAGAGGGACUACUUUGUUGCCAUGCGCGUCGCAGACUGAUGACAUCACAACUGAUGAUACGAGCAGAAGAUUUGAGUCCCGAUGUUGUCAUACUGGCGUAAAAACAUUAAAAUUGUUAUUCAUGAUUUAAUAAUUGGGAAAAAAAACACGCUGAUAAACUACAAAUAAGCAUCUUCCACCCAAAAUCUUUUUUUUUUUUUCUUUUCUCACGUUGACUCAGGAGAACUAUAACAAGAAUGCCAAGCAGAGGAACAAUUCAUGCUUGUCCACCAUGUUUGCCCCACUCAGGAGACAAAAAGGCUUUUACUGAUUGUGAUGUUGUUUUGCAACACGACACAAUGCUGCCAGUGGAGACGUAACGAGACAUCUCGAUGUCACCUUUUUUUUUUUUUCCUGUAUCUGUAAAUAGUCCAACCAAAUAAACUUGCACUGAAACUCGC